AUGGCGUUCAGGUCGCGCGAAAUGAUGAAGAAGAUUGUGAAGAAAAUCGGCGGCGAGCAGAAUCUAGCGCCUGGAGUGAAAGAGCAAUUGAAAAAAUUGGUGCCGGACAGAAAGGUCGUGAUGGGCCGAGCUCACCGCGGGCUUUACGCGGGCCGACAUAUCCAGUUUGGGAACCGCGUCAGUGAAGACGGCGGCAACAAGACAAGGAGGAGCUGGAAACCUAACGUGCAAGAAAAGCGUCUUUUCAGCUAUAUAUUGGACAGGCACAUCCGUGUUAAGGUGACGACCCACACUAUACGCUGCAUAGACAAGGCGGGUGGCAUAGACGAGUAUUUACUAAAAACACCCUACCAUAAGAUGGACACCGAGAUGGGUCUCUUCUGGAAAACAAAGAUCGAGAAGAUGUACCAAGAGCUUGGCGAGAUGGAGGUUGUCUUCUUUUCACCUGAGGACGAGGAUAAUUUCGAGAAGCAAUUUGAAGAGCUCAAGUUGGAGAAGAAGGCUGCACGUAGGGAGGCAAGGAGAAAGAUGUACGGUUCGAAUUAUAAGCAUGAGGAAGCAGGGGAAUCGGGGGAAGAAGUUUCUAGAAGUGAGGGAAGAGAUGGGUCUCAUCCUGAAUUUGACGAACAGAUAGUGGCUAAUGCCUGA